CGCAAGCGGUUCGCGUUUUCGUGAUACUCUAUACACGUAAAGUCGAGUUCUUUGCUUCGUCCAUCCCCUUCGCGGACUUGCUCAGGCCGGGAAUCAGCCACCAAAAAAACGAAAAAAAAAAAACAACAAAACCGAAACGAAAAGCCGGUUUAAAGGAUGCAAAUGCAGAACAGAAUAACUUUUGUAUCUUACAGAUACACAGAUUAACGUAGAUUUGUUACGGCAUUGGGUAAUUGAACUUCUCCACCUUCAUCUCACCCCACCGCACCGCUGACGUUCUACACACCCCUCUGACCCAAAGUAUCUGUAUCUCUGUGUCUCAGUGUGUGUAUCUAGAUACCUUUGUCGGUAUUCAUUCGAGUUUGGUGUAAGUGAAACUCUAACUCUUGUCGCUUGUCAAUCUAGGUACCGAUAAAAGUAGAAAAAAAAACCACAAAACAUAAACCAACAGCCACAACAACAACAACAACCAACAGGAGGAGCAGAGAAGCAAGUGCCGUAACCAUAUCUAUAUCUACGUCUCCUCCAGUUUGCCCCUCCCUCCAAUCACCGGUCACCCUUCUCCCUUCUCGUUUGGUGUUCAGUGAUAAAUGCAUUUCAUGCGUUCCAACUAUGUAAAUACCAAUUUAAUUUGAGUGUCCACAGUAAAUAUCAGAAAAAAAUCAAGCAAAAGAGAAACACGCCCACAAAAUAUAAAAAGGGCAGUCGGCAGAAUUGGUAUACGAUUCGUUGUCAUUCGCGUUGAGUGUAUACGUGUGUGUGUGUGUGUGUGUGCAACCAAAUAUUGAAUAUUUACAAAUGCAUUGAGUGCAUUUUCGAGUGCCGGGCACUUAUAACUGACGACGACAACGACGACGACGACUCCCAACUCCCAACUCCAAAUACACAUACACGACAGGCUCUUGGUAAAGACUCUGAGUGACUACACUUAUAUGGAUAUGGCCAUAGCCUAUCAUCAUCAUCAUCAUCAUUGAUAUCUCUUCUGUAUGUGAGCAGUUUGUCGCGUUAUCAACAACUAUCGCUUGCUAAUUGGCCCACAAGAGGGCAUCAAAGAGGAAACAAGAGGCCAGACUUUUGACAGACAGAAACUCAGAGAAAGAGAGAGAGAGAGGAGAGAGACAGAGUAUACCAAUUUAUAUAUAUCUAUAUAUGAAUAUGGACAUGCUGAUGAUGUGGAGCAUAUGCCUUUUUGUCUGCAUUUUUAUGGCUCCCUUUUCUUGUGGCAGCGGCAGCUCAUCACGCUUCAUUCAAGUGCCAGAAAGUCAGUCGAUUGUUGAGAACGAUUCAGUUGAUUUCAACUGUGAGGCAACAACAGAUCCAUCCACUGAUUUACAUUACGAAUGGUUGCAUAAUGGCCAUCAGAUUGUGUAUGACAAGCGUGUCUAUCAAAUCGGUGCCAAUUUGCAUAUCGAGUCUGUGCAACGUGGCGAGGAUGUCGGUGAUUAUGUGUGCAUUGCCAUGAGUUUGUCCAGCGGCGCCAGGGAGGCGUCACCAACAGCCAAAUUGAGUGUGAUAUUCUUGGAUUCGGCCAGCGUUCAAUUGCUGGGCAGCAAUCGGAAUGAGCUGCUACUCAAAUGCCAUGUGGAGGGCGCCUCGGGCAAUGAAGCAUUGCAAAUCGAAUGGUAUCGGAAUAGCGCCAAGCUGAGCAGCUGGCAGAAUAUCGAAUUGGAUGAGCAUCGUUUGCUAGUACGUCAGCCGACAGGAUCUGAUGAUGGACUCUAUCGUUGCAUAGCCUCGAAUGCGGCUGGCCGUGUGAUGAGCAAACAGGGCUUUGUCUAUCAACAUCAACAACAACAACAGGCGGGAGCCAAAUGUUUGCCACGUCUGAAGAAGAAUCAAAAAUUUCUACCCGAAUCGUGGGGCAAACAGAUAUUCCUGUGUCGUGGCAAACGUGGCGGAAAUGUCGAGGCUGGACUUGCCCCAUCUCCAGAAGGACUACGUCUGGUGCAAGGACCCGAUGAUCAGAUAACCAUUAAGGAGGGAGAGCCUGCCACUCUGAGCUGUCUGUAUGAGAUUCCCGCCGAGCUGCAGAAUCAACGCAUUCAAUUGCGUUGGCGAAAAGAUGGCAAAUUGUUGCGUCAAGUGGAACUGGGUGCCUCUUUGCCUCGGGGCAUGGGUAAUCCCCAUAAUGGACACUCCCUGGAUGGCAAGGAUGCUUUGCUGCGUGAAGAUGCCCGUCUCGUGUUGCAUAAGGCAAAUGGCACUCUCAGCUUUGGCACUGUCAUAGCCAGCGAUGCGGGUCAAUAUCAGUGUCAAUUGCAAAUGGAAGGACAUUUGGCAAUCAAUUCAAGUCCUGGCAUUCUAGAGGUCAUUGAGCAAUUGAAAUUUAUGCCCCAGCCAACUUCAAAGAAUCUGGAAUUGGAUGCUGCCGUGGCCAAAGUGCAUUGCAAGGCCCAAGGAACACCCACACCGCAAGUCCAAUGGUUCAGAGAUGGGGUAAAUACUACCCUACCUGACCAGGUGGAAGUGGAUCUAAAUGGCACUUUGAUCUUUCGUAAUGUGAAUGCCGAUCAUCGUGGAAAUUACACAUGCUUGGCCACCAAUUUACAGGGUCAGAUCAAUGCCACAGUGUCCAUCAAUGUGGUGGUGGCUCCGAAAUUCAGUGUACCACCCAAUGUACCCAUGGAGAUUGCCGAACAGAGCACUGUGGUCAUACAUUGUCAGGCUAUAGGUGAUCCGAAGCCAACUAUUCAAUGGGAUAAGGAUUUACUCUAUUUGAGUGAGAAUAACACAGAUCGUCAGAGAUUUAGUUUCUUGGAGAAUGGAACUCUGGAGAUUAGGAAUGUUCAGGCAGAGGAUGAGGGUCGUUAUGGCUGCACCAUAGGCAACAGUGCGGGACUGAAGCGGGAAGAAGCUGUGCUGACAGUGAAAACAAGUUCCACUGGAGGCGGUGGCUAUGUGACGGAGGAAUCCUCUGGUGAUGGCGGCUUCUUGGCCACUCGAGCGGUCCUCAUUACCAUGACUGUGGCUUUGGCCUAUAUUGUUCUAGUGGUGGGUCUUAUGCUAUGGUGUCGCUAUCGUCGACAGGCUCGUAAGGCGCGUCUCAAUGAAUUGAGCAUCAAAGAGGCUGGGGGCGAACAGGCAGGAGGAGAAGGCUCUACCUCUGGCAAUCCAAAGGCUUCAGAACAAGAACCCUGCCUGGGCAAACAGCAACGUAAUGGACGUAAUGGCAAAUCCAAAUCAAAUGGAGAUCCUCAGAAAUCAGAUGAUACGGCCUGCAGUCAACAAUCGAGAGCCUCCAAGAAAUCAGCCCACAUCUAUGAACAACUGGCUCUGCCUCGUUCAGGACUCAGUGAGCUCAUUCAAAUAGGACGUGGUGAUUUCGGUGAUGUCUUUGUGGGCAAACUAAAAGCCUCGUUGGUUAACAAUGCCCAGGCGAAUGACAAGGAUAGUGAUAAUGACAAACAACAUAGCAAUAGUGAGAACGGGAGCGGUGGAAGUAGUGGCAGCACCACUUUAAGCACCCUCAAUGAGAAGCGACGCUCUAAGACCUCGAUGGAUGACAUCGAGGAGAUCAAAGAGGAGGAGCAGGAGCAGCAGCAAUCACAACAGCAACAACAACAGGAUCAAUUGGUCAUGGUCAAGGCUUUGAAUAAAGUCAAAGAUGAGCAAGCCUGUCAGGAGUUUCGUCGUCAACUGGAUCUCCUGAGAGCUCUCUCCCACAAGGGCAUAGUGCGUCUUUACGGUCUCUGCCGUGAGAAGGAUCCACACUAUUUGGUCUUGGAGUACACCGAUUGGGGAGAUCUCAAACAGUUUCUGCUAGCCACCGCUGGUAAAGUAAAUACAGCCACCACAGCCACCAGUUCGACCACCCCAUUGCCCCCCUUGACCACCAGCCAAGUGCUGGCUGUGGCCUAUCAAAUUGCACGCGGCAUGGAUGCCAUUUAUCGGGCUCGUUUCACCCACCGAGAUCUGGCCACACGUAAUUGUGUAAUCUCCAGUGAAUUCAUAGUCAAAGUCUCCUAUCCGGCUCUCUGCAAGGACAAAUACAGUCGAGAGUAUCACAAGCAUCGCAAUUCCCUACUGCCCAUACGCUGGUUGGCUCCCGAAUGCAUUCAAGAGGAUGAAUACACCACCAAGAGUGAUAUAUUCUCGUACGGUGUGGUUGUCUGGGAACUCUUCAAUCAGGCCACCAAAUUGCCACACGAAGAUCUGACCAAUGAGCAGGUUAUUGAGAAAUCACAAGAUGGAACUCUAAAAUGGACUGUGGCAGAAUCAACACCAGAGAGUCUCAAAGAGAUAUUGCUUUCCUGCUGGUCGGUAAAUCCCAAGCAACGUCCUUCUUUCAGUCAAUUGGGAGCCGCUUUGAGCAAGGCCAUGCAGAAUUCGGAAUAGACCAACAUUUUCAGACUGAAGUAUUGAAUUAAAUAUGUUAGAAUUGGCCGUGAGUAACAUUUUUGAGCACAAGAAGGACUUGGGACCAUGGCAGAGGAAAAAGUUUUUGGAUCAAAAUCGAAUAAGACAAAAGCUAAAGCGAGUUAGGGGACGCUUAAAAACCUCAAGGACACAACUUCAACCUUUUCUUGAUGACCCUUUCUAAUCUUGGUUAACUUCUACGUGCUAAAAAUCUUGACUCACGUCCAAGUUUACUAUACACAUAAAUAUAUAUAUACAUAUAUAGUAUAUAAGCCGAUGCUAGUUCUCUCUAUAGUAUUGGUAAACAGAGCAAAAGCCAAAAAGGAAAAACUUUUAAUUUUAAUUUAAUGUUAUAAUUUUUUUUUUUCAAGCGCAUUGCGUACUUAAUGUUAAUCUUAAUCAUAAAAAUAUUGUAUUAAUCUUAGGGCAUACAUUUAUAUAAUUUAAACUGUACAAAUUCAAUGAGAUAUCUUCUAUAAAGUAUUGGAACAUAAAAAAGGAAAAAACAAAAUGUAUAUAGAAAUCGAAUCAAUAUAUACCCAGGCCAGGGUACAAGAACUGCCACAAUAUUUGCAUUUCAAAAAAAAAAAAGUAAACCAGU